CUCCCCCACUUCCUGAUGUCGAGAUUGAGGGUUUUUCUUUGCCGACGCGCUGGCUUGUUCGGAAUUGGUUGACGAAAACUGGGCAGUAGUAACCGUUUCAGUUUCCAUUACAUUACGCCACGUCGUUGUUGUGGUCGCUGAGUGCUUGCGUCAGAUGGUGCAAGUGGAAGACGGUGCGGCCUUCGACAUAGCGAGAGUAAUGUGGGGGGGGGUUGAUUGCUUGAGCAUGAGAUACAUGGAGGUGGACACUGCCGGAACUCAUGACAACUCUGUUUACGCAUAUGUGUAGAGGAAGAACCAGGCAUACGUGUAUGCAUUUAUUCGCGGAUUAUGCCCGGAAUUUAGACAGCGGUCGUCUCAUGCUUGGGUGGUUACAGGAGAAAGAAAGGAGAAAGAGACUCGGAGUUGGAAGGUGGCUGGGUUCGUCCGGCAGUGCAGUCUAAGACGGGAUUACGGCAGCGGCAGAGAUGGGGAGGGUUAAAUUGGAGAUAAAAAAGAUCGAAAAUCCGACCAACAGACAGGUAACGUACUCCAAGAGACGCAACGGGCUCAUGAAGAAGGCAUAUGAAUUAUCAGUGCUGUGCGAUAUUGACUUGGCGCUCGUCAUGUUCUCGCCCUCCGGCAAGCUCACGCAGUAUUGCAAUUGCAGUAUAGAAGAAGUAAUUGGUAGAUUUGCCAAUCUGUCCAUGCACGAGCGGAACAAAAGUUUUGAGGAUAUGAUGACACGCUUCUCGAAUAAUCAAAUGCAUCAUGAUCGCAGCAAAUAUAACAAGAAGGUUGAAAACUUGGAGCACCUGCACAAGGCAUUGAAAAAGCUCGCUGUGGAGCAGGAUCUUGUAGCGAGUCACCAGCUCUUAUCUGUGAGUAAAACAACUUACGAGUUGGAGAUUUUGCAGCAGGAGUUAAAGAAAUCACAACUAGAGAAGGAAUUGGUGCAACAACAAGCAAGGUUGUAUUUGGCGGAUGAGCAGCUUUUGCGAAGGGUUUCAUCCGUUCAGCAGCUUGCUAACAUGGAAACCGAAUUAGAGCAGGCACUUGAGCGAGUGCGAGCAAGAAAGAAUUAUGUGAGUAGUGCUUACCAGACUGCAAGUGUAAUGCAGCGACGGCAACAUGAAUUUCUUGGGAACAGUUUGCAGAUGAUGGCACUGAGACAGCAGCAAGCCCAGCAACACCAGGCAGGGAUGGCACCGACUCAGCCGUCAUUCUUGCACUGGACUAUGCAAACCGAGCGGUCAGCUCCUACACCUCAAGAUUUCAUGGAACAGCAAACCAAUCCACCUACAUCACUUGUGCCUGCAUCACUUAGCAGGGAGCUAGGAAGCGAAGGUGAAGCAAAUCUCAUUCCAGGCUAUUUUUCAGCAUCGCAACAACAUAGUAAUUUAGAAGGACUGCGGCAAGUUGGGAUGGGGGUCAGCCGAGGAUUGACCAUGCACGAUAUGUCUCUCGAACAACCGAAUGCGGCUCAUUAUAUUGAGGAGGAAAAGAAAGGCAAGGUUGAAGCCAGCAUGGGCUUUGUUACCUCAGCUAGUGCUGCGGCAGUCGGCACUGAAGGAGACUCAGAGACUAAUUUAACCCGUGUGCAAUCUGAGCAGGCUCAUGGCAUCACUAAUGCUUCAGAUUGGCCGCCACGUCCGGCUAACCACCAUCCUAAUGCCUUAGGAAACGGCAACCUGUUUUUUAGCCAGAAUGGACAUCAUGCGUGGAAAUGAGGCAAUCGCGUUGGUUUGAGCUUUUAGUUGUAGACAUGUACUUGGAGGAGUAGGUUCAUAUUGUAUUCAGACCAAUAUCCGGGUCAUAUUAGAAUUUUGCGGCGACAGCGUAUCAGUUGGCUUUAUCGAGCUGAGUCCGAGACAUCGUAUCAACAAGUUUUCGAGUGGCGCAUUUGAGACUAUGAAUCUCACCAUUGAUUGAAUUUUGGCCACUAAUAUCCCGACAAUAUGCACUGUGAGAGCCAAUCCUCUGGUGUGUUCGGUACAACCCACCUUACGUAUGAAAAAAGAAAUUGCCAUCCACAUUGCAAUUUCAGAUUUCAGCAUAUGAAUUGCGCAAGUGAUUCAGCAGAUUGGUUGUGUAACUCCUAUGCUCCUGUAAUACACAGCGUCGUAUUUAGAGAAACAUGACAUUAUCACUACAGCAAUCCAAGGCAAAGGAGUUGGCGAUGACGGCUCUGAUGUGAAGAAACGGAACCGAUUAUAUUCAGAUUGAGAGCCACAAUGGGUGUGGGGAGAAGCUUCAAACGAGCUAAGUAGGUAAAGUAGAGAGGUAUUGGUAUUUGCACUCUUGUAGCCCCUGAAGGCAUUGACAAGCGGAAAACUUCAUUGGUAGCAUUUUGGAUGGCCUUUGCUUGAUCUGCUCUGCAACAAGCAGGCAUAUUCAAACCUCCGCAAUACCCUCAAGCAUCACUCACGUUGUGAGAGAUAGCGACAAGAUAGCGCAGAGGGAGUUACGAGUUGAAGUUGGAAUAUUUGUGUAUUCUCAACCAUCAUGAUUCUUAGAUACACACAAUUGUUUCAUUAGAGGACGUAAUAUGUAGUGUAGUAACAAGUGAGUUCACACCAUGUGGAUUGAACAGCAUGCUCAUAUUUCUUUCCUGAAUAUUGAACUUUAAAAAACAUGUUUCGCUAAAUAUGAGGGAAUUUCGUCGUA